AGGCUAAUCGCGCCAGAACCCUUGAGGCGGCAGCACCGUGUUCUUACCCCGCAGCGGAGACACGUUUGCAUAGCGCCCCAACACCAAGAGAGAGUGACUGAUCGUGACACGUGCAAGUGACAGUCAGUGGUGCAUCUUGACUUGAAUUCGAGGUCCUGCAAAGACCCUCAGUGCGUACAGCGGCCGUGCCUGUGUCCGGCUGCUUGUGAACCUCUGUGUGAGUGAUAUAAACUUUUCUAUUGUGAGAGAACUUGAGAAAGCUGUGAAGAUGAGGACGGACGAGAAGCCAAACGCCGCUACACUUCACAUCACGGUGAUGGGCAGCAGCCAGGUGGGCAAGUCGGCCCUGGCUGUGCGUUACCUCACCAAGAGAUUCAUCGGAGAGUACAGAUCAGACUCAGACAUGCUGUACAAAUGCGUGUUGACGCUGGACGGCAUCACACAGCCCGUGGAGAUCAUGGACACGUCUGCCAGCUGCGAGGAGUCCUCAGACGAGCACCUGCAGUGGGCCGACGCCUUCGUGGUGGUGUACUCCAUCACAGACAAAGACUCCUACGAUUGGGCCGCAUCCACCGUCCAGGAACUGUCAGAGAGGCGGCCGUCAGCCCGAGUGUUGAUCCUGGGUAACAAGAGUGACCUGGGACACCUGCGGGAGGUGGAGGAGGUGGAGGCCAGCACGCUCGCCCUCCGGUACUCAGCACACUUUUCCGAGCUAUCCACGGCGGAGGGUUGUGAGGCUGUGACGGACGCGCUGGACAACUUCCUGAAGGAAAUCAAAUCUCACAGACACCAUAGCGGCACGAACAGCGGCAACGUGUCCCCGAAACAGAGAAAGUUGUCGGUGACCCGCAUGCUCGGCUCCCUGAUCGGCCGGCACUCCCCGCCGCCGCAGCCCAUCACCGAGCUCAUCGUUCUCGACAAGGUGGAGCGGAACAAGCUGGUCAGAUGUAGUCGGCAAAUAUGAGCCGCGCCAAGGCAGCCUGCUCGCGGGUCCUGAGCGCGGGCACCCCUCACAGACGCAACCCAAAGAUACCUAGUGAUGCCCUCCCAGCGCCGCCCCGCCCCGUGCUGCGGCGGCCGACACGUGCCAAAUAUUUAGUGUUACUCAGUGUUAUCCAUAGUGUCCUCAUUGUGAUAACUCCUUCCUCCUCUCACCCACUCAUCGAGAGGCCGGAAGGAGUGUUCAAGAGCGAAGAGCGCGGUGACGAAUCGAAUCAUUGCUGAACUUUUUUAUUGUUACGUGACCCAAGACGGACAACAAGACCCAGGCGCCUCAGAGUAUACGCCUAUCAAGAAUCAGGAGUGAGUCAGCGGCCCCAGCAGAACAAGGCGAGCGUGAGUGGCGUGCGGAAUGUGCCACUCAAGACACUUUUAACCUGGCGCCUGAUAACGACUCAAGUGGCGGGAAGACGGACGCUGCCUGUUGCUGGGACGGGAGGAUCCUGCUUCCCGCACAGGCACUGAAGGAAAAGAGGACGAGAAGGAAGAAAGGGAAGAAGAGAAAGAAGUACAGCAACAUGAGAAAAGCCUCCCCCUACUCUACUCCCCAGAACUCAGGGCACAAGGCAGCAGCGUCGCGGCGCCAGCACACCGAUAAGGGAGUAAGGGGAGAGGGAGAACGCUGUCGGGAGAUGAGAAGAACCAUCGCCAAGUUCUCUGAGUCAUCAGCUGGACCACUCCUCCGCCAGACACAAACAAGAGACGCUCCACAGACGUCAAAGGAGCACCGAAAGGGAAGACUACAAGAAAUUUUAAAAUAUGAAUAUGAUGGCCAAGAAAGAUAGGAAGAGGGAGAUAAAGUAUAGAGUAAAAGAAGAGGUCUGGGUCACCAUAUGAGGCAUCCCUUGCAGUCUGACUCAAGGGUUCGCUCUCUGCUCGAAUUUCUCAUCCUCAUCUGUGAUACUAAUCUUAGCGUGGCUGUUACAUGUAUUUUUUUAUAAUUUAUUUCAUCAUAUAUAAAAAUCAAAGCAUAA